AAAUGGUUCACCAAGAGCAAACGCCGAGGACGCGUGGACGUCGAUUUGAAUUGAGUUAAUACCUGCAUUGCCGAAUCCCGGAUUAAGCUUCUUUCAUUUUACAUUCAUCCACACUUUGUUUUUGCCUUUCUGUCUCUAGCCUCUAGACCUGCUUUUAGCGUUCAAACUUUGGGCACGAAUGCCUCGUUCCCAGCCUCGAAGAGAGGAUGGCGCCCAACAAAUCAAAGACCAUGACAACUUGAAUGCACAGGUAGAUGGCGAGCUUACCCAAAGCGAUGGUUGGCAUCAUGGCCUGUGUGGAUGCUGUGCAUCCUGCGAGCUUUGCCUCCUAAGCACCUUCGUGCCAUGUCUUCUUCUCGGACAGACCUCCCAUCGAAUCAAGGAGCCUUCAAUGAACAAUUACAGGCAUAUCAACCGUGACUGCCUAUUGAUGAUGGGAGUCACCUACCUUACCGGCUUUGGUUGGAUGUAUGUCAUGAAGAAGCGCUUUGAGAUUCGCAAGCGCUAUGGCAUCAAAGGUACCGAUGCGAGAGACUGCUGCGCAUCCUACUGGUGUCUUUCCUCUGCUUUGGUUCAGCAUGAGAGAGAAGUGCUUGCCCGGCAGGCUGUCAGGAGUGAUCCCACCACUGAGGGCUAUCAGACUCAACCUGCCAUGGAAUUACCUUCUAGACAUACGCAGCCCACUACAUAG